AAUUUAAAGCAAGCACGACAGCCUGUUCACAACUUUCUCUCUCUAAACUACAUAUAUAUACCCUUUUUUGAGCGCAUUAUUUGCACCAAAAAUACACCAUUACCGAAUCUUGAUCUUCUUCGGGCUGUCGAUUGGGUGUCCUAAAUGCAUUUCGGUUGCAUGAAAAACCCUUUUUCCAGUUUUCCUUUUCUUUCAUAAUCGAAAUUCUUGCUCUUGCCUUCAAACCUCAUUAUUCCCUUGAGUUUCCCUACCUCAAAGGACCUUCUUUUCUUUUCUUUCCACCUCUUGAAUGUCAAUUAUUAUUCCUCCCCUACAUUUUUGCGCCUUUUAAAACAUCCAUUUUCUUCAACCUUUCUUUCUUCAAUCGCAUCGCAUUCGACAAAAUGUUUGACGCCCUGUUGAAAAGCAAGUUUUUUUCCAAAUGCAAGUCGGAUAUUAAGCUGACGCGGACACGAAUCGAGAUUAUAACGAAAAAGAGAAAUGCAACACAGAAAUAUCUGAGGAAUGAUGUUGCUGAUCUGCUUAGAAAUGGACUGGAUACUGACGCCUUUGCCAGGGCUGAAGGGCUUCUUGCUGAGAUGAUCAGGUCUCAAUGUUACGAGCUAAUCGACGAGUACUGUGAACAUAUCUUGAAGAAUCUUUCUGCCAUGAACAAACAGAGGGAAUGCCCUGAAGAGUGCAGAGAAGCUGCUGCAUCGUUGAUGUUUGCAGCCGCGAGAUUUGCUGAUCUGCCAGAGCUGCGGGAGCUGAGAACCGUGUUUUCUGAGAGAUAUGGGAAAUCCUUGGAUUAUUACGUCAACAAACAGUUCACUGAGAAGUUGAAGGCCAAUCCUCCUUCGAAAGAUAUGAAGCUUCAGCUGUUGCAAGAAAUAGCCGCAGAAUCUGGCUUAGAGUGGGAUGCAAAAGCUCUGGAAAACAAGCUUUUCAAUGAGUCUGCAUUUGCUAAGAGUCGUGUGGACGGAUCUGCUCAAAAGGAUGCGGCCGGAUAUGAAUUUGGCCGCACAAAUCCUGAGAGGAAGAAGGAAAGUCCAGCUGAUGCAAGAAAGGAGGCCGUGAGGAAGGUUUUUGAGGAGGAGGGGGAUGAAGACGAACCUCUCAAGCUGAGGCGGACUCCUCCUUACACCAAACCCGUACCAAACAAAGCAACGAGCAGCUCUUCAGACGAGAGUGAUUCCAGUAAUGACAAGGUGGUUGAAGCCACGGAACCAACAGUUGACGAGGUGCUUAGGGGUAAGCCGAUGGGGAGAUCAGUGAGGACGAGACACACGAAACCUUCACCGGUUGGUGGAGGUGAUGAGAAGGGGCCGGUGAACAAAGAAAACGUGGCACAAGGUCGAAGGAUCUUGAGAUUCUUUGAUGGUGGCCGCGGCCAUAGAGGCGAAGAAGAGAAGACAAUGGAUAAGCUUCUAAGACACUACAGUAGGAAAAAGGGGUCAAAACUGCCUCCAACAGAUUCAAGCAAAGAGAAGAACCUAAGGAGUCAAGAUGGCCCAACCAGAGCAUCCUCUCUUCGUGUCGAACCAACGGGCCCCACGGAGGCUGAUCCGAGGAAGCAUUCUCGUGCUGCUUCGUUCCAUCCCGACCUACUGAAUGCCAAUGCUCAUGUGCACCCGAAGCUGCCGGACUAUGAUGAAUUUGUGGCUCGACUCGCGGCUUUUAGAGGGAAAUGAGUCCUUAAAAACAUAGUGUGGGAAGCAUCAUUCAUUUCAUUCUUUAUGCUUUGAAGAUUAAGGUGUUGGUGAUCAUCUCUUCACCUUAUGAUAUAUGUCUCAUCAGUUGGAAGUAGUAUCAGUGUAAAUCCAUACAUCAUUGCUAGGUUGCAUUGUGAUUUCUGAAUCAUAUUCAUAUUCUUUAUGAAUAUUUGAAGCUAUUAUAACAUAUUAACAUGUUGACACCUGA